GGACAGUCAAAAAGUGGCUUGAAUAGUGACAAAAGACUGAAAUUCUUGAAGGAGACUCAUGUUUAAAUAAUUAGUCUCAUCAUUCUCCCAGUUGACAUCAACUUGAGCCGCAAGCACCGCCGUGGUAAGCAGGGAUUCUUCUACACGAACUGCCAUUACGGACUUUAUCGUUAGACUUGUUAACUAGUAGUUCAAAGUUCUAAUUUCUCAAUCAUUAUUACGUCGAAACAACUCGUCGUUCCUCCAAACUAAAGGCAGUGAUUGCCGUCAUCAUGUAAAGGCAGCCUAAUUUAAACAGAACGUGACGAAAUACCACUUCAGCAGAAGCUUGAAAUCCAGACGAAUCCAUCAUGCCCGUUUCACUUGGUGAAUGGCGAGUGAGGAUAGGAAGAUUCGUACAUUCGGUCAGGGAGUAUGUCAUAAGAGAGCGAAAAGUAAAGUUAUUGACAGAGAGAAUACGGCGACUCAAGUUAUUGCAAAAGAGGCUCCUUGAAAAGAAGGAAAAAUCAGAAGAUGAAUGCGAGUCCAAGCCGAACGACUUGAGUGUGAAAGUGGACGAUGCCCUAAAUGAAUCUAAUAGCAUUAAUAGCGACACCACACAUGAUACUCACAAAGAGGAGAGAAGUAGAAGUGAAUUUACAAUUGGAGAUGAAUAUACAUUCCCUUUCUUCUUCACCCUGUUGCUGUCGUUGUUCUCUUUGUUGUUAUCAUUGAUCUUCUUUUUCUUGUUUGAUUUUUCAAAUUUGCUAACGAGUUACAAGUCCUUUCUGAAGUGGAGUUACUGUAGUGAAUCUUCCUGGAGGAGUAUAUGUCUCAUACUAAUAGUCGUGUCCAGCAGUUUGGCCUACUUUGUUUUGUCAUACGUAAUAAAGACCAAUGCGAACUUGCAAGAUAAUCUGGUGCUAAUUAGGGAUGAGAACGCAAAAGCUGAAUCUACCACUAAAUUGAACAACACUCCAACUGAAUCUACCAUCAAAGAGAACAACACUCAAACUGAAUCUGCCAUUGAAAAGAACUACAGUCUAACUGAUUCCAGAAUCAAAGAGAAGAACGCUACUGAAUCUGCCAAAGAAUGCAACAACAUUCCAUCGAAUGCUACCAUCAAAGAGAUCAACACUCCCUCCAUUACCAGAGAUGGACCUAAAGAAAUUAAACAAUCAAAGACAAAAAUAUCAAAGAGAAAAACCAUCAAAGAAAAAAAUACUGCAACUGAAUUUAACAUAAGAGAGAUCAGCACUCUACCUGAAUCUACAAUCAAAGAAAACAUCGCUCCCAAAGAAUGUCAUAUCGACACUUCCUCUACCAUGACAGACAAACCGUCAAAGAGAAAAACAUUAAAGAGAAAAACCACCAAAGAAAAAAAGACUGCAACUGAAUCUACCCACAAAUCGAACAACAUCAUAACUGAAACUACCAUCAUAGCGAACAACUCUCCAACUGAAUCGAACAUCAAUAAAGAUAACAACGCCCAGACUAGAUCUACCAUCAAAGAAAACAACUCUCCAAAUGGAUCUGCCAUCAAAGACAACAACGCUAAAACUGAAUCUACCAUCAAAGAAAGCAGCACUCCCUCUACAAUAAAAGACAAAUCAUCAAAGAGAAAGAUGUCAAGGAUAAAAACCGUCAAAGAAAAAAUUAUCGCAACCGAAUCUCACAUCAAAGAGGACAACACACCAAUUGGAUCUACCAUCAACAACAAAAGCGCUUCAACUGAGUCUGCGAUCGAAUACAGCAUCACAUCAAUUGAAUCUACCAUCAAAAACAUGAACACUACAACUAAAUCUACCAUCAAGUACAACAACUCUGUAACUGAAUCAACCAAAACAGAGAGCAGCACCUACUCUACCAUCAAAGAUAAAUUACCAAAGAGAAAAAUAUCAAAGAGAAAGAUCACUAAAUACAAAAACACUGCAACUAAAUCUAAAAUCAAAGGGAACGCCACUACAACUGAGUCUACCAUAAAAGAAUACAACUCUUCAACUGAAUCUACCAUCAAAGGCAGCAACAUCCCAGUCAAAUCUGCUAUCAAAGACAACAACUGUCCAACUGAAUCUACCAUCAAAAAGAACAACUCUACAGCUAAAUCUGUCAAUAAAGGCAGCAACUCUACAACUGAAUGUACCAUAAAAAACAGCAACACUCCAACUAAAUCUACCAUUAAAGGAAACAACACUCCAACUAAAUCUACCAUCAAAGAAACCAACACUCCAACUGAAUCUCCAAUCAGAGGCAACAACUCAACAAGUGAAUCUACUACCAUAGACAGCAACACUACAACUAUAUCUGCUAUUAAAGAGGAUAACACUCCAUCUAGAACCCCUACUGAAGAGAAAAACAAUCAAACCAUGAAAGUGAACAUUGCGAAGGCAGAAUAUAGCAUACGAUCCGGAACCCAAAAGGUAUUAUCAGAGGGAAAACACAGUGUUUCGAGUCAGAUUCCAAGCAGCCUGAAAGGAACCACUGACGAUCCUGUCGUGCAAGAGAGCACCUGCCUCCCUGAGAUGAUCCUGGUAAAGGCUGGAGAUGUAGAGAAAAAUCCAGGUCCAUUCGAUAGAGCAGCGAAUAUUCAAGAACAAGAACUGAUAGACCUGGCGUACGAUGUACCUUCAUCAAAAUACACAAAUUUGUGCAAUACACUUGGUGUAUCGUACAAUCGGAGCCAAACCAUUCUUGACAGACAUCUCUUAGAUUUCACAAGAUCACUGAAUGCGGUAUUCUUUGAGUGGAAGGACAGACAGAGGGAUGGCACAGAUUGUCGUCAAGUUAUAGCUACGGCGCUACGUAGUGUUAACCUGGACGCACUCGGUGACAAAAUGUCCAAAGGUGGCUAUCUCCCGCAAGAAGCAGCUCCAACUGAAUCAACAGUAGAAGACGAAACACAACCACUUACAAAAGAACAGGUAGAUCAAUGUGCUCAGGAUUUCAAAACUUUCUACCGAACACGGUUAUGCAAGAUCAGGACGGAUCCACUUGACUUCAAUUCCAUUUUAGAGUUCGAAAGGAUUUACACGAAUUUAGUUCUGCUAAGAAACGAAAUGGGAACCACUAGGCAGAUGCCCUUAGACUACGCCGAACUACUUACAACAAAAGUCAAUGGAGUAUUUCCAAAACGUCUCAUGGUGGAAGGCGAAGGAGGAGCAGGUAAAACAACAUUCUGUUCCAAGAUGGCAUGGGACUGGGCGGAAAGAACUAAGGAGUUUGAAGAGUUCGACUGGGUUUUGGUUAUUCCUUUUCGAAACACCAAGGAAGGUCAGACUGUAGGAGAUAUAGCAAAAACAUAUCUGCCAGAUAGCAACACGGUUCAACCGCGCCAAAUCGAUAAAUACAUAUUGUCUGCCCCUACAAAAGUGUUUAUCAUAUUUGACGGACUAGACGAGUAUGAAGGGGAUAUCCUCAAAGAGAGUUCAGAUAUCGCUAAGAUUCUUCGGUCAGAGAAGUUUGUGGAAUGUAGAGUUGUGGUGACAACACGCCCGUGGAGAGCAGUUCCAUUCAAAUCGCAUGAAAUCAUGAUGCAAACAUUUGCUUUUCUGGCCAUAACUGGGUUUGAUAAAGAAAACAUUUCGAUUUAUAUCACUAAAUAUUUUCAGGAUGACCCGGCAGGAUAUGAAUUGAUAAAGUAUAUAGAAAGCAAUGACCAGAUUCAAGAAAAUAUGGCUCCAUUCCCACUUUACAUAGCGAUGCUUUGUAUCUUGUGGCGGACUUCUGAUGCCGACAAACGAAUUAUAAUUCGGAAACUUAAAACGUUCUCCCAGCUGUUUACUGCGAUAAUAAUUUCCCUCACAGACCACUGCUUGACAAAACAGCACCAGAACCCUGAUGUUAAAAUCCUUACAAACAAGGAGAUGAAAAAUUACCUAUCACAAAUUGGAAAAAUUUCUUACUCUGGAGUUUUAGAAAAAAGGUUGAUGUAUACCGAAAAUGAUUUCAGCGGAUAUAAUGAAGCAAUGGAGGCAUGUUGUAGGAUAGGAGUACUGAGUCGAGAAAUUCUUAUAGUGCCAAGACAGGAAAGGCGUCUGAGUGAGACAAAUCCUGUGACCUCAAGCGUAUUCUUCCCUCACAAGUUGUUCCAGGAAUACCUAGCCGGUAUGUAUCUUGCCUCUCUUUUUGAGUCUGAUCAUGAGCAGUAUAAAAUGGCGAUGAAUGGUGUAAUUCAGAGAGCAGAAGAGUUUCGCUACCUUUUAUACUUUACUGCAUCUCAAACGAAGAACGUCGCUACUGAUGUCACUAGCAGGCUAUUUAAAAUUGGACAUGAUAGACGUAUUCUAGUAGAUGUCACAUUUGAAGCGUAUGAUGAAGACACAGCAAAAGUGGUUGGACAGCACCUCUUUGCAGAACAAAAGUCACUAAAAAUCGAUGACAUGAUGUCAGCGCAUACUGUGUCAGGAUACCUUUUCAUCAUGGAAAAGUUAACAAUGGAAACUCUAAUAGUGAGUAGAAGAUCAUGUGGUCCGACAGUUUCCCGUGACCUAGCAGACGUCAUCUGCUCAUCUACAGCAUUUACAGCAUUGGAAGUCUAUGGCACGGCGCUCCAUGACGACUUCUAUGGCACCCUGGAGAGUAAAGUCAAAACGUCAAAGGUUGAACGACUAUCACUUAAAUACAUGGCAAUAUCCAAUGAGCAGGCAUCACGUUCUCUGGCUAGAUUCUUGAAUAACCUCCCUAGACUGAAAGAUUUGACGCUACAAUACAAUCGCUUUGACGGACGGUUUUACACCGAGCUAGCCUCUGGAGCACGCUCAGUGGAGGUUAGAGCGUCAGGUCAUUCUGUACGUAAACUUCACCUAGAUCAUCGGUGCCACAACGACAUACUGCAGCAUGGCUUUACUGUGGAAAUGUUAUUUCCAAACUUGGAGCGCCUGAUUUUCACUUCUUCCCAAACAGUGUCCCCUGACAUCGUAGGAUCCUUUGGUCAUUGUGGGCUUAAAGAGUUGUCAUUCGCCACAGAAAACAGACAGGGCAACACUAAAGAGGAUGAAGAAUAUCAUGUCCCUCUGGUCGGAGAUCCCUCCUCUCUGGAACAUGUUUUCUUGAAGUCGUUUCCACUACUUACCAAUCUCUCAUUCAAAGAGCUUGUGAUUGGAAACAAUCGUUGUAAAAUAAUACUGAGCUCUCUCAAACAGCAUCAGCACUUGAAAAACUUAUGCGUCAUUCACUGUUACACUGAUGAUGAUCUCGACCCCAUUGUGUCAGCUAUCAACAUGGAAAACAGGAUGAAGGUUAAUGUUCAACAUGACCAGAGAAGUGAAUUCAUCAGAGCACGACGCAAACUUAAAGGUACGAAAACAACAAUCCAGGAGGACUUAACUACAAAAAACCAAGAACUCUACACAAAAACAUUCAAGUGCAAGGAUGUUCUGGCUUCUUGGACUAGUGAUGGGCGAAUCUUUGCCCUCGUCAAGGCCACCAAUGGCAAGGAGGUACGAAAACUUAUCACUUGUACCCAUGAUCUCGACAUCCUGUCCAAAGCGAACUGA